GACGGACCAUCGCUUCGCUUAAAUGAAGAGCGCCGCUGCGAAAUCGUGCUUGCGGAUGAAGAUCCGUUUCGUCUGUAGCUACUGGCUUCUGCUGCGUUUUGCAACAAAUUGGGGAGGGGGGGACCCUAGGAUACAAACCUCUUCUGUCGCCCACGGGUAGUCGCCGUAUUGGUUUUAGUUGCUUAGUUUGUAAACACGAACGAGCCAGAUGACCCGGAGUAGGCUACAAAACCAUGCAUGAAAACAAAGGACUGUCCGGGUGGUCCCUGGCUAUAUGGAAAAGCGGAGAAAUCGCUUACGCCCACCGUAUCUUCCACAUGUAAUAACUACGCACUAAAGAUGAGAAAGUGGAUUGAAUCCUCUGUUGUACGAGUGGUAUCACGAAGCAGGCUGUUCAGGUUAGAACAAUUCAUUUACGGGCAGGAUGUAUCAACUAGCCUAUCCACGGAGUUCAGAUAGGGCGGAGUUAGUCUCCACACUAACACAUAAAUAUGGUUUAUGAUUACCAUGAACGAGAUUAUUUUGUGUGGAACUGGAAUUUUUUUAUUAUUAUAAUUAUAAUCUUAUAAUAUAAGUAUCAUAGUAGGCUAGUGUCAGUCUAGUUUUUGGCAAAAGCCAAACACGGACUCGAGAACUUGGUAUGCUAAACGAGUGUGUGAGGAAGCGAAAUGAAUUGGCUGCACGGGAUGCGAUAAACCGCAAGAAACCGAUCAGACGAUUUUCUUUCUUCUUUUUUUUCUUUCUGGGUUGGAACGGUGUGAAAAUGUGCAGCCUGUCUCCGUAACAAGUGACCAUUCAUUGGGAUGCGCUUGUUUGGGGAGGGAAGGAUAGCUGUUGUUGCUGCAGUUGCAGCUGCCUCUGCGAUCCACGGGGACCGCGUCCUGUGUUUUUGCCAAAUAAUAGUGCACUACAGUAGGCUAUAUGCGCCGUUGAAUGGCGGCCGUGGCGUAGGCUACGCUAGCGCUGUAAGCAUCUACGCUGUUAGCAUCUCCAUCAAAUCUUCAUGCCACAUACUUGUCCCAAUAGAAGCUUGUGGUACGCCCGAAGGUGUGCAGGUGUAAGAAAAGAGCUUACUGGCACUUGGUCACAGAUGUGGAAAGCCUGGAUUAGGACGUUUCAGAAUAUAGCCCGUCUGAUCAGAGGCUGACUCCUUCGGCUGCCUGCCCCUCCCGCCCAAUCAGACGGAAGUCCACAGCCAAUCAGAGCUGAGCACGCUCACACCGGGUGGGGGAGUGCCCAAGGACAUCCAAAAAAAAAAAAAAAAACCCUCACAGCUCGAACCCAAGCCUGCCGCUGGUGGAGUCGGGCAGUUCACCCAGGGAGUGCUGGGACGUAAAUGAGCCUGCCCGUGCCUUGUGCCGCCUGACCCCGUAGCUGCAGCCGAACGAUGUGCUUCCUGUAGACCCCCGAACCCCACGUGCCUGAGCCAGCCAUGAACCACGAGGAGGCGGAGCUGGGGGAGGAGGCGGUCGGCGGCAGGGCGGAGCUUAACGAGGCCGUGGAGGCGGACCUGGAGCGUCCCGAGGCGGGGGAGGAGCCUCGGCCCCAGCACCGGCGUCGGCACGACAACGGCGGGGGGCGACCCCGCGGGCAGAGCGGCCACGGGGCGGCGCCGGAGAACGGCGAGCGGCAGAACCAUCACCACGGCAACCAGCCCUCCCCCGCCGCCGCCCGGUACCGCCGGCACGAUGCCUCGGGCGGGGCCGGGAGCCGCUCCCGUGGCCAGCGGCGGUCCGUGGAAGAAACUGAGGUGGAGCAGCAGCAGCAGCAGCCCCUGCCACGCCCGGGCGUGACCCGGUACCGUCGGCAGGGCGAUAACGAAGCGCGACUGAGGGCCCAGCAGCAGCGGCAGCAGCAGCGGCAGAGACAGAUGCAGCAGAGGGAGGCGGAGAGGCCGGAGCCUCAGCCCCAGGCCCCGCCUCCGCAGACCCCGGCUCCUACGCAGGCCCCGCCCACUCAGCGGGAGGACCUGGAGGAGGACGAGGAGGGCGGGGACUCCGCGCUGGCCCGCUCCGCCAGCACGGAGAGCGGCUUCCACAACCACACGGACCGGGCGGAGGGGGACGUCGUCAUGGAGCCCGACGGCGAGGACGAGAGCGUGUACAGCACCCCCUACAGGCCGGAGGCCGAGGAGUACACCGAGAGCGCCGAGGCAGAGCAGCACGGGGGCUCCCCCCAGCCCCACCCUCAGCCCCGCCCCCAGCCACGCCCACAAGCCCACCCUCACCCACAGCCCCAGUACCCUCCCCAGCCUCCGCCGCUGCCCCAGGAACCCCUCCCAAACGUGGACAGGCCCCUCACCCAGGAUGCGGAGGCCCUGAACCCCACCUACUCCAGCUACGUCUACACCCAGCAGCUGUACCGGAUGGGCGGGGCCGGCGGGAGGGGCGAGGCGGUGGAGGGGGCGGACCCCGAGGACGAGCCCUACGCCGAACCCUACGCCGACUACGGCGCGCAGGAGCACGUGUACGAGGAGAUCGGGGACGGCCCCCAGCCCGACGGCGAAGGGGAGGGGCCGGGGGAGGGCGAGGGGGAGACGGCCCAGCAGAGGAGGGCCGGGUUUCGCCUCUUCGAGCGGGACAGCUACCGCCAGCAGGAGGCGGUGGGCUCCCGGCUCCACCACUACGACGAGCGCUCGGACGGGGAGUCGGACAGCCCCGAGAAGGAGGCGGAGUUCGCCCCGUACCCCCGCAUGGACAGCUGCGAGCAGGAGGAGGACAUCGACCAGAUCGUGGCCGAGGUGAAGGAGAGCCUGAGCUCCCAGAGCCUGGACCGGGCCGCCGGGGACUGGCCCGAGUCCGAGGGCCAGCCGGGGGACGGGGACGCGGACGCCGCCGGGCCCCACGGGCAGGAGGAGGAGGAGGAGCAUCAGCAGGAGGAGGAGGAGGAGGAGGCGCGAGAGGUGCGCCAGGAGGUGGAGGAGGCGCCGGAGGAGGAGGAGGCGGCCAAGCAGCCCCCCCAGGAGGAGGAGCCCCUGCAGAGGCACAGCCGGGAGAAGAGGGACGCCAUCUCCCUGGCCAUCAAGGACAUCAAGGAGGCCAUCGAGGAGGUGAAGACGCGGACGGUGCGCUCGCCGUACACGCCGGACGAGCCCACCGAGCCCAUCUGGGUGAUGAGGCAGGACCUCAGCCCCACCGGGGACUGCGACCUGCAGCCGCCACUAGGGGCAGACUCUCCUGGCUCAGGCUCCACCUCUCCACAGGGGGCGGAGUCUUCCGGGCAACACCCAACCCUGCAUGAGAGCAGUGACAGCUUUGAGUCCCCUUCCCCAGCCAGCAAGGAGCCCAGGAGGAGUUUGGCCUCCUUCCCGACCUAUGUUGAAGUUCCUGGACCUUGCGACCCAGAGGACCUCAUCGAUGGCAUCAUAUUCGCCGCCAACUACCUGGGCUCCACCCAGCUUCUGUCGGACAAAACCCCGUCCAAGAACGUGCGCAUGAUGCAGGCUCAGGAAGCCGUGAGCCGGAUCAAGACGGCCCAGAAAUUAGCCAAAAACAGGAAGAAGGCUCCUGAGGGAGAGGCCCAGCCCAUGACCGAGGUGGACCUGUUCAUCUCCACCCAGCGAAUCAGAGUGCUGAACGCUGACACACAGGAGACCAUGAUGGACCACCCGCUGAGGACCAUCUCCUACAUCGCGGACAUUGGGAACAUCGUGGUGCUGAUGGCCCGGAGGAGGAUGGCCCGCUCCAACUCGCAGGAGAACGUGGACGCCCUGGACCCCGCCCAGGAGGAGAAGCGCCAGUACAAGAUGAUCUGCCACGUCUUUGAGUCCGAGGAUGCUCAGCUGAUCGCACAGUCGAUUGGCCAGGCCUUCAGCGUGGCCUACCAGGAGUUCCUGCGGGCCAAUGGGAUCAACCCCGAGGACCUGAGCCAGAAGGAGUACAGCGACCUCCUCAACACCCAGGACAUGUACAACGAUGACCUCAUCCACUUCUCCAAGUCCGAGAACUGCAAAGAUGUGUACAUAGAGAAGCAGAAGGGGGAGAUUCUGGGCGUGGUCAUCGUCGAGUCUGGGUGGGGCUCCAUCCUGCCCACCGUCAUCAUCGCCAACAUGAUGCACGCCGGCCCUGCGGAGAAGUCCGGCCGCCUCAACAUCGGAGACCAGAUCAUGUCCAUCAACGGGACCAGCCUGGUGGGCCUGCCUCUGUCUACCUGCCAGAGCAUCAUCAAGGGAUUGAAGACCCAGUCCCGGAUAAAGCUCAACAUCGUGAGGUGCCCCCCGGUGACCACCGUCCUCAUCCGGAGGCCCGACCUCAGAUAUCAGCUGGGCUUCAGCGUGCAGAACGGCAUUAUCUGCAGCCUUAUGAGGGGGGGCAUCGCCGAGCGAGGGGGGGUGCGCGUCGGCCACCGCAUCAUCGAGAUCAACGGGCAGAGCGUGGUGGCCACGCCCCACGAGAAGAUUGUGCACAUCCUGUCCAAUGCUGUAGGAGAGAUUCAUAUGAAGACGAUGCCUGCUGCCAUGUACCGCUUACUGACAGCCCAGGAGCAGCCAGUUUACAUCUGAGACUGACUGGAAAAACCCAGUGACCUUUGACCCCCUGAGCCCCCCCCCCCCCACCACUAGUGUUACCCUCCCUCCCCUCAAUCUCUCCUGUGCAUUAGUACAUUUAUGUAUGCUGCUCACCACUCCUUCCCCACCCUGUGUGUGUGUGUGUGUGUGUGUGUGUGCGUGUUUGUGUCAUACCGAAGGAGCUUGCGUCCUUAUCAUUUCCUUCCCUUUAAUUUUUUAUUUGGAAUCCACUGGCUGCUGGUUUGUUUGGAUUUUGGUCUCUCAUAUUUGAUUUAUGUAUGAUGUUUAACAUGAAAACACACACACAAACACACACACACACACACACACAAACCGUGUGCGCUUCUCUGGUACGUAGAGGCCUCUUGAUGGCCUUUGUACUGAUUUACAGAACAUUCCUCCUCUGUCGGGUUCCAGUGGGUAAGGGGGGGGGAGUGUGGGGCGAGUCUGCUCACCUGAGAUUCCACCCCCCCCCCCAUCCCACUCUUUCACAUUUUCAUUUAACAAGCAUUCCUUAAGAUACAUGUCUUUCUGCCCCCCCCCCCCCAAACACCCCUCACCCCACACAGAGGGAAACAACAUAAAACUGGACCAAGAUUAAAAUUAUACAUCUGAAAAUGUUCCAAGGAAAUUCACUUUUUUUUGGGGGGGGGGGGGGACUUUUCCACAAAAUAGUUAAACAGAGCAGGCCUAUUUUAAAUACUCCACAGGCUGGUUUCUCCAGCUGAGGUUCAUAAUUAACAUUCACAGGAUUCUUUUUUUUUUUUUAAAUCACAGAUAAUUCUGUAUACUCGUGAUGCAGGAAAAUAGUAUUUUCUCUGAUGUCAGUCAGGUUUUACCCAGCACCAGUGGCUCUGACUCAAAGCGGUAUCUGUCUGUCUGUCUGUCUGCUGGUGAUAGGCUGUUGCCAGCUCCUCUCUCUCCAGUGUGGGAACAAGCCUGUAGAGAGCCCUGGACGGAUAAAAGAAGCAUCCGUAUCGCGGUAGCGUUCUGGAAGAGCAUCGAAAAUGAAAAGUAAAAAUUUACCAUUUUGCGGUAACUAUGUUUGGACUCGGCAACAAAUUUGAAAGUUGGGGAAAAAAUGAAUUAAAUCUGACCUUUGUAGCAUCUUUCCUAAAGCACAGUCCUGCAGAGAAGUCUUACUGAUAGGGAGUUUAGUUUUUUUAUUUAGUUUUUCUUUAAGUGCAAUAUAUAUUUUUAAAAUGUAAGAUAUAACAUUCCUCUGUUUUUUUUUCUUUCUUAGUUUUAUUGAAUAUUCGAUAUUUAUGAAAGGGUGAUACUGCAAUUUUUCAUUUUCUCCUCAGGGCAUUCACGUUUUGACCACUUUUUAAUACUUGAAAAUAGAACCUUUUUCCCCCGAAAACUUGAAAAAUGGCGGGAGGGGAUUUCAUGUGAAUUUAUUUAGUUUUUUGGAGGGGGAGGGGGAAGGGGAAUCUCAGACCAAAGCAACGAAGAAGCUCAAAACAAACUAACAGACGAAGCGUGAAGCUGUACAUCGUGCUGUGACCGUUCUCCAGAGAUAUAGGGUCACAGCUGCAGUACAGUGUAAUGUGGAUGCACACCCUACUGCAUGACUGGAAUGUAAGCACUAGCUAUAAAUGUACCAUACAUUACUCCAUGAUCCCUUUCCGGAAUUUACUAAACCUGGGUAAAACUAGUUUUUGUUUAUUUGAAAAACAUUUUAGAGGCCAGGACAACUCCUGCAGAUUGCUGACAUUUUAAAAACAUCUAUUUUAUCCAAUAUCUUUUAAAAAAAAGUAUUCAUUCAUGCAGUAGGAUUGUAUGUUUUUGGUUAGUAACAUGAAAGUAUCAGAUAUUUUUCCCACCAUGUAAAUUAGAAUUUUUUUCAGUCUGGAGCUGUGCAUAUCUGGUUCAAGUCUAGUUCACCAAUCCCAGUCCAGAAUGCUUCCCACACUCUGCUCUGCUUUAAUCACUGAUGCUCUAUAGACUGGAGGGGGGUGGGGGUGAAUUUAAUUGGUCAACCUAAUUGGACCUUGCUGUUGAUUGGCUUCACAAUCCUUCCUGUUUGCUCCCCCUACUAAUCUUCAUUACAAUGGACUGAUAACACAAGUGACACAAGACCUUGCUGCUAACUUGCUAAGAGUCAACACACAGCCAAGUCCACGUCAUUCACCAUGCACAGCAUAACAGAUUAGCCGGCUGUGGACCAAUUUGUUAGAAUAAAUAAUUUGGACAAGUAAGAUAAAAAAAAUGGAUGAAUACUGGGAUAAGGGGUUUAGGCAUGUUACAGCUGGACAAAAACUAACAAUUAAAAGUCCCUUCAUAGCUAUACACCUGUUUCUUGACCCCCAUCCCUCCCCCCUCCCCAUCCACCUCCCACUUCUACCCACUCCCCCCCCCACCCACCCACCCAAAUAAAUGAUCAGAUCUAAUGUUUACAGAGGUAACUGUGCUGGCAUUUCUAAGGUCUUGAACUAGGCCUUCGGGACUGACGUACAGUUACAGACUUUUGUCUGCUGUUCAUCGCUGGCUGGAACACCGCGCAUUCCGCGUACGGAAAACGUCCAUCCUCAAAUCACCGAUAGCUCGCUUCCGAGCGUCGACUUCAUCCCUCGAGGAUCAUACUGGCCUUACUGUCGAUUGCUGUAUUUUUAUUUAAUUUUUUUAUUUUAGAAAUUAAAUGUGAAAUGAGAAUAACGACGACCACCGCGAUCGGUUUCGUUCAGCAUGGCGUUUGACGUGCCAUCCGUAGGCUUUACCGUUCAUGCUUUGUACGAAGUGUGAUUACGAUUUACUUCACGUUAAAACCAAAACCAGCUGAAAAAAAUAUCUAUAUAUAUAUAUAGUAGUAUGUAGUACUUCUUGUGUGUUGAAUCCGGAUUGGCAAUGUAAACGGACAUUGAUGAAUCCAGAUUGGUAGAGUAUACGAACGUGGAUGAACCCGGACUGGGAAGGACUCCCAAGCACGAGUUGGUGCAAGGGGCCGUGUUAAAAUUAAUAAGACGAUGGGCUAUGUGACAAUGUACAUAUUUAGUGAACGGCUAGACUCCAAGGUAUACUAUUGGUCAGUACAGGGGUACAAUAGAGGAUCCCGCCCAUUUCCAGAGGAUCAUAGGGUAUUGUAAUGCAACAAAGUUGUCCCUUGUAAAAAAAGAAAUAUAUACACACACACACACACACAACACUUGAGUAUGUGGUGGCUAUGAAUAUGGCAAACUCUAGUGUUUAUACUGCACUUGUUUUGAAUGUACUUAAUCUUAACUAUGUUUGUCAACGUCUUAAAAAAGAAAAAGGGAGAAAAAAAAACUUUCUGUAAAGCAAUGGCAAUGUUUAUUUAUUUGCUAGCUUUUCUGUGUUACAACUAUUGAGCUACAUUCCUGUACCAGGGCUGGAAUGUUUGUAACAGUAUUUACAACAAUAAACUGCAGAAAGACUGGC